AUGGAAUCCCAGCUUCCGCCGCCGCCUGCUUCGGCCAUACUCGCGCCCCCCAGCCAACACCACCAACCACAGCCGCAAUACCACCAUCGCCUGUCCAGCCCCAGCGCCAACAGCGACCACGACUACACCUACCAAUACAAUGAAAAGGAUUCGCACCACUACCACCAACACUCCUCGGUCCACUCCGACCGUCUGAGCAGGUCGAGCAACCGCCGCCCUCACGACUCCGUCAUCUCCCACCCCUUCUCGCCAAAGCCCUCGUCGCCGCCAAGCCCCAGCAGCAACAGCAGCAUCUCCUCCGUCGGCCACCACCGCAACUCAUCAAACGCGUAUCGCUACUCGUCUGAGCAGAUUGAGCGCCAAUCACUCUCCUAUCCACCCCGGGCCCACAUCGACCCGGAAAAGCAUGCCGAGGCUCUGGCUCACGGCUACCGCGUCUCAAACCGCCUGUCUGCAGUCCCGUCCGGCGGCGAUGCCAUUGUUUACGACAAGGGCGCCUUUCAAGAAAAAGGCCCCGAAGAGAAGGCGUUGCAGUUGCUGCUCUGGCUCUGCGGACCUUGCGCCUUCCUCUCCGGUGUGAUUGCCAUCUGGACCUUUUUCGCUCUCUUCAUCACCCUCCUACUAUCGCCGCUCCGCCUCUGCACUACGCGCGCGCCCCUCUCCGAGCAAAUCAAAUCCUUCCUCGCUCCGUCGCUCAACCUGCAACUGCACAUGGUCUACUCGCAUGACUCGACAUCCGGCUACAGCGCCCCCAUGCUUGUCGUCAUCCACCUCUUUUCACCCAUUGUCGCAUUCGGCGUCGCAAUCGCAGCCUGGACUGCCGCAGGUUUCUGGUUCUUCUCCUGCAUCCUUGGUGACCCUGGCGGUCACGACGGCCACAAUGACGGCCGCGAGAGCAUUGUCGGUGUGCGAAACUGGUGGGAGCGAUGGCUUUCUCGCGGACUAAGAGAAACCGACGCUUGA